GACUCUGGUGAACUGCGGUAUACAAUAAUGUCGGUCGGUUUGAUUUCGCGGGAAAGGCAGGAACUAACGCGGGAGAAAGAUUUAACCAUCUAGAUGUACGUAUUAGUUUAUGGCCUCCCCUUGGCUUCGAAACAAGAAUACGAGUGGUCAUCUGUGCGUGCGGCAAGCACCAACCGUCUGUAAACGUGAUAGUGCAGGCGUGGGUGUUGCAGCAGGCGUUUCUUUAUGAGUAGACAAAUGGUGCUCCCGCUUUGAGUGCAUUGUGAAUCAGUGGGUGUGAAUUUCUCUGUGAAAAGUUGUGCCGGAAUUGAAAACCUAGUGUUAAAUUAAAUACACCACACGAGAAGCGUUACCUUCCACUAGGUUGAAAAUCGAGCAUAUACAAGUUCGUUAAUCACGCAUGCUAGACGUAGUGGAAGGGGUAACAAAAACACCUGUAUACUAAAUCUAUAGAUACAGCGGUGGAGUCAGUGGAAACAAGAGGACACUCGGCAUCUCGUGGAAAUCACGAUGGAGGGAUCUCUAUCACCGGAAGCGUCGUGCUACGUCGCUUAACCGUGAAGAAUCUCUUAUACCGUAUCGGCAUUGUUUUUUAAAAACAGAAAGUUAAAUACACGUGACGAUUGUGCUGUAUCGAGUUAGUUAGCCUGGCCGUUCGUCCGUUUGCCUGGUCGUCUACCUCUUCUAAACCGUCCUGACACAACGUUUAACGGGGGUAUAAAAAGAAUAAACAUGGCGGCGACGCGAGAGAGAUAGACAGGGGAGCGAGAGAAGGGAGCAAGAGAAAGAGAGAGAUAAAGAAAGAGAGAGAAGUCAGCCAGCCAGCUAGCCAGCCAGUCAGUGUGCCAGAAGCGACGAACUUCGUUUCGUGUCGUCUUUGUUUCCAUGAGUGAAAAAGAUCUGUCGUUCUUCAACCAUCCACCCAUUUCUGCAUUUAUUCACUCGUGCAUGAGUAAAUCGUUGAAAAUAACAAGUUUGCACGAUUAAUGCCGAGUGAACGUUUCGCUUGUAAACAGUUAUCAAGGUGCGGUCACGUUCAUCGUGUUCGCGGUGUUUGCUUCGAUUUUCAUGCGUGCGGGGUCCACGACCGAGCGUGUGAGAGAUCCACUAACACAUAGUCUGGCAAUAGGGUGGCUCGAGUUUGAGCCUCCUCAGGGUUGACAUGAUAUGUCAUUGCCGAAGAAAUUUCGACGCCGGUGACAACGACCGUGCGACAGUUUAUCGAAUUGAUACGAUGCGAAUAAUUACAUGAAGACGCUGGAUCUGGUGAAAAAUCAAAUAACUGCCUGAGAAGACAAGGUUUCUUCUAUAGUUACGAAUGAUGUAUUGAAUAAAAUAAAAUCGAGAAAUUUUCAACGAGCCGAGUGUGUCGCAUGGAAAUGGUGUUAUCAAUUGGGAAUCUCCGUUGGUCAGUGACGAUGCUUCUACGAAAUCGGUGAAUCUCGUUCGUCGUAAACAUCGAAUAACAGUGUUUAACGUACGAACGGUAGAAUAAAUAUUCUUGAGUGGUUCGUUUGUGGAAGAAGGGGGAAAAAAAAGAAGAGGAAAGGAAAAAGUUCGAUGGAGAGAAGUCGUGCAAGUUGGACGGCCCGGUGCCAAUAACCUCCGUGGUUAGGAAGUAGACAGUUUUCGCACGAUGCGUUUGCCCUCGUGCGCGAUACAUUAUAAAAUUAGACGUUCGAAACUUCGCGCGAAGGUAAAAGGAUUACGUAGUUUCCAUGCAGCUACGAAGGUGGAAACAUUGAAUUGCGAUGGUAACGAGGGUAGGGUCAAGCGACGAAGGGAAUUAAUACGAAUCGGAUGAAUAAUUCGAGAAGGGGAGGGGGGAGGGACCUCUCCCUCGUAGAAGACAGCUGUGCACGGUCGGAAGUGACGUCAGACAGUGGGUUCAUAGUUCCUCUUAUUUUUCUCGCUCAGCUUUUCCGCCCGGUUUCGAAGGGCUGACGAGAGCGCCGGACAAGGAAAGACGGGCCUUUUCACGAACGACUCGUUAACCGUCGCCCAGCGAAUCGUCACAAUUUCUAGUCCGCUGUAUUUACACCGAGAACCACGAAUAUUUUUUAGACGUUCAAUUGUAUUUCGAACGCAUGACCGAAAGGAAUAAAAAACGUAAGCGUAACGAUGAUAAGUUAAUUCGAACCAUUCGAAUGCAGUCUUAUCGAGCGAGCAUCGAAGACAUAUUGGAUGCGUCUUAGGAGACUUAAUAACUCUGAAGGUGUUCGCUAACGUCCCACGUGGGCGGACGAGGCAUUUCGCUCGUGAAAUUUCGACCCUGACGAGAACGAGACUGAAAGUAAAUCGCGUUAAUGCUUUUUAGUCGAUUUAAUUUAUUGAAAAAAACGAAAGGACGUCGCUGACGAUGUGACGGCUCUUCUAACGGAUCGACCAAAUUUACUAUUAUACAUACAUAUAUAUAUAUAUAUAUAUAUACGUAUACAAUAAAAGCUUGGAACAAUAGAAGAGAUAUCGAGCGAUAGCAAUAAAACAAACUAGCGUGUUAUCAACCUCGAACCAACAUGUUUUUUUAUUGUUCGAACGACAAUACACGGUGACAGGUUGAAGGAUAUAUGGAAAAAAAUUGAAAUAUCGAAGAGAAGAUAUCGAAGGACGAAUCUGUUGGAUCGUUCGAUGGUUGCCUCUUUCGUCGCUCGACCGAUCGGUCUGUCCGGCAAAAAACACACGCUUCUAAAUCAUCGUCAAAUGGACACAAAUGACUAGCUUAAUUCUAUCGGCGAACACGUACGAGAUGUCCCUGUCAAGACCGAACCUGUUCGUACCCGCGAGCGCGAUCUCCACGCAGACGUACAUCACGUCGAGCGAGACCAAUCACCUGCCACCGUUAAAGGGUAGCGCGUUAGCCCUGAAGCAGUCGACCAGUGAGUCGUCGCCCAGUUACUUGACCCGGUCCGCUCAUAUGUCUGGCACUCAUCUGCCGAGCUUAAGUUCCAGCGCCAACAACAGUCUGCUCAGUCUGACUGGUAACUCGGACAGUCUGAACUUGAGCCUCGGCUCACACGCCGCCGGUCACAAUUCCAGUCACAAUUCCGGUCACAAUUCCAUACGUAACACCAGUCAUAACUCGCAUUCGCAGCCGGACGGUCAGUCGAGUAGCGCGUUACCGAAGAACGGCCGUCCGAACGGUAGUUCCUGCGGUAGCGCCGGCACCUAUAAACCCAAGACCAUCACCGCCACCCCGGACGCCGUACUCAAGAUCUACAAGAACAGAUUGACGCCGUACGAGCAUCAGGAGAUCCUCGAUUAUCCCCAGAUAUACUUCAUCGGGGCGAACGCGAAGAAGAGGCCGGGCAUAAUCGGUCGACCGAACAACAAUGACUACGACAACGAACACGGUUCCUACAUCCACGUGAAUCACGACCACGUUGCCUACAGGUACGAGGUCCUCAAGGUGAUCGGCAAAGGGGCGUUCGGUCAGGUGGUCAAGGCUUACGAUCAUAAGAAACAGGAGCACGUUGCCUUGAAGAUGCUUAGGAACGAGAAGAGGUUCCAUCGUCAGGCGCAGGAGGAGGUGAAGAUACUGAGGAAGCUAAGGGAACAGGACAAGGACGACACGAUGAACAUCAUUCAUAUGUACGACUGGUUCACGUUCCGCAAUCACAUGUGCAUCACCUUCGAACUGCUCAGUAUUAAUCUCUACGAGCUGAUUAAGAAGAACAAGUUCCGUGGAUUCAGCAUGCAGCUGGUUAGGAAGUUCGCCCACUCGUUGCUUCAGUGCCUCGUCGCCCUUUACAAGAACAGGAUCAUUCAUUGCGACAUGAAGCCGGAGAAUAUUCUGUUGAAGCAGCAAGGGCGCGCCGGUAUUAAGGUGAUAGACUUUGGUUCGAGUUGCUACGAGAACCAGCGCAUCUACACGUACAUUCAGAGUCGGUUUUACCGGGCGCCGGAGGUGAUCCUGGGCGCAAAAUACGGGAUGCCGAUCGACAUGUGGAGUCUCGGUUGCAUCCUCGCCGAGCUGUUCACCGGUUUCCCACUUUUGCCAGGGGAAGACGAGGCGGACCAGAUGGCUUGUAUCAUCGAGCUGUUAGGCAUGCCACCGCCGGAGGUACUGGAAUCCGCGAAACGACGCAGGCAGUUCAUCAAUUCGAAGGGUUAUCCACGAUACUGUACCGUCACCACCACGUCGAACGGUUCGAUCAUCGUGAACGGUAGCAAUUCUAGGAAAGGAAAAGGCCGCGGACCACCGGGUUCGAGGAAGCUGAAGCAAGUGUUGAACUGCGACGAUCCUUAUUUCGUCGACUUCAUACGAUGCUGCCUGAGAUGGGACCCGGAACAAAGGCUGACGCCUAGCAAAGCUUUGAAGCACAUAUGGUUACGUCGAAUGUUGCCAAAGCUUCCGCAGAACACUACUCACGACGCUUUACCCGCGUUACCAGCCGCGGCUGCUCCACCACCUCCCUCGACCACCGGGCUAAGAACUUCGGCUACCGGUAGCCGAAGUUCCAGCAAGUCGAACAUAUUGCAAACUAACAACACCGAGAACACGAACAAGGUGAAGCAGUUGAACGAGUUCCUACACACCAUGUGCACCAUAUAUUCGGCCCUGAACCGUACGAACGGAACGGGCCGACCAGCUCAGCCGGUCUCGGCUAAUCAUCAAGCCAGGGUCAGCAGUCAUCCGUCGUUGAACUCGAUCGCCGGUGACGGUGGUAGCAGCGGGGGCGACGGUUGCAGCAGUAGUACCAGCAGCGGACAGCACAGUCAUCAGUUGCAAAGCGUACCGCAUAACAAUGGUUCGCACGGAUCCCACGGAUCCCAUGGAUCUCACGGCUCGCACGGGUCCCAUGGAUCGCAUGGGUCCUCGCACGAUAGUCGCAGCUCCCUUCGUGUACGCGGUGUCGGCCGAGUCGACUGACGUUUAACGAGGACAUCAUCGAACAGCAGGGACGAGUCACCGAAAUACGAGGCCACUCUUUCUCUCCUCUAACGCGUCGAUGAUGUUUCGUUGCUGGUCUCGGAUGUAACAGGUCCUCCUCCUUGUCGAUUCAAGGAUAAUGCUACCUGCCAAACGACACCGUCUGGUGCCUCCUACCUCUGGUAGCGUUCGACUAGGGUUCAGAGAAAGGGUGGUCCCGUAAUCGACCUCCAGGUAUUACUGUGAUCUUUAGUAAAACUGCUGAUGGUGAAGGAACUGUUUAAAACAAUAUGCUCGCGAUACCUCGAAUCAUGUACCUCAUCGCGUUGCUGUCCGAUACGCUUGUCCAGCAUUCAUUUCUCGUAGUCGUCGUCGAUGUUGUUUACUUUUGUACUCGAGUAUUUGUGUGAUAACGUUGUAAGAGCGAUGACACCUAGUUUACGUUCGUAUCUAUAUGUUCUUAGCGUGGAAGGAAUGCGGGAGGUUAUUUGUGUCCAGGGAAGCGUAGAAGCAAAGAUUUGUGCACCGUCUCGAUGAAUCGAUUCUGUUCGAGUCAAAGGGUUAUUUGGUCGACGUCUAAGGACGAAGCUUAUUCGAUAUAGCGAGGCCAUUGCUGAGAGCAGCCUUUCACGCGAACAAGAAUCUAAUAAUCAAAGGGCAUGGAGCACAGCCGCCUCGUUGAAUAGAGUCAUCCGGCAGCUUUUUAGGUCAACCGAUUCCUCCGGUAAUGCUAUCAGUUGCUAGCAGAAGGGGAACGUUGAUUUUCAAUCGACGCGAACCGCUGCUUCUUCUUCUCCAUGAUUAAAGGACACUUGGCUUGUCUUUCCACUGAAACGCUACUUUGAAAUCACUAUUACUUUCUUCAGUUUCGCGAAUCCAGGAUUAUCGAGCCUCGAUCUUCAUUCAACUCGAUUCUUUUGUUUCGUGGAAUCUGAAUCUGGAAAAUUAUCUUCAGUCCCUUGUCUCAGCAAUCUUUCUCACCUUUCAAUUUCAUCGUCACUCGAGUGUAAUUUAUAAAUAAUUUAUUCCAUGUACUUUUUAAUUCUUGCCAAUAGCUUUAAGCUUCAAUUUAUGAUCUUGCAUUUUUUUUUUUUCCUUCUUUCUGCAUCUGUUAGAAACUUUUAUUGUGCAUUUUUACGGUGUUCCAUCAUUUUUAUACGGUGCAUUUAUUACAAGAAUUUUAACCUUGCCAUCUUGACAAAAAAUAAUCACGAAGCAUUUAUUUUAACAAAAAUUCGAUAUUGCGAAUAUUUUAAAAGUUCUGAUAAUUUAUAUGACUAAAGUUUUUUUAUCGAUAGGUAUCGACACUUUGAUAAUUUUAUUAUCAUUUCGCGUUUAUUGUCUUAUCUGAAACUCGGCUACUUCGCGUAUCGAAGUAUAAAUAAAUAAACUAAAGACGCGUGCUCAAAUCCGAGCGUGUAAGUUCGUCGGCGACCCUGGCACAAGCGAAUUCACGCUAAUUUUAGUUUUUGACUGAACGGAUAAAGGGACGAAACAGCGUUUUCGACGUCGACGUUGAAGUUUUAACCGAGAACGUUGGACGAGCAACGAUCAGAAAAAGGAAAGCACGGUUGUAACGCGGGUGAAACGUCUCAAUAUAAUUAAAGAGUGGAAAGAUCAGAUGCUGAAAGAAGAAGAAGAAGAAAAAAGGAAACGGCAAUCAAAGGCAACGAUCAUAAGGGACGAUCCAUGAAGAAGAAACGAAGAGGAAAAAUAAAUGAAGGCAGUGAGACGAAGGUUUAUUAUAAAAUCGUGAUACUGAACAAGAUAUCUUGUGAUAUGGAAUUUUAGACGUAUUGGGGUUCAUUACGAUGAACAUAGAUAAAAUAUAGAUAUAUUAUAUAUAUGUAUAUGAAGUGCGUAUAUAUAUAUUGUACUGUAAUGUCGUGACGCGCUAAUCAAGAACGAAGAAGAGCGCGAUUAUUAAAUGAACGUGCUUAGUGAGAAGUAGCCAGCUGAAGCAGGAUAAAUAAUGCGUUAAAAAGAAAAGAAAUACAGCGGCAAAGGAAGAAGAGAAUAGGUCUCGUGAAACGUUUCACGAUACGAUGUACGAUGAUAUCGUUCACGAUUCCUCCUCCCUCUUUAAUUUUACAUUUAAUUCCUUUUUAUCAUGUGAUUAUAUUAUACGACCGCGUACGAAUCUUAGAAUUGUACAACGGCGAUCGCGAACGUGUGUGUCUGAUUAAUCUCGCGAGAGAACGAACAUUCAUCAUUAUCUUUCUUAUUAUUUCUCUCAUUUUUUUUCUUUUUUUUUUUUUUAAAUAAACACGCGAAGGCACAUUGUCCCCCGCUGGUCGAGAAGAAACGCGAAGGAAAUAAGCAUAGCUGGAUCGAUCUUGGCGUAUUUCAAUUUUUUCAAUGACGCUUUAAGAAGAUCGAUCGUAAAUACCACUGCCAAUACCUUCCUCUAUAUAAGUUCGGCUCUCGUUUUCUCGUAAGUACAAGCGAUCGCACGUAUCAGUUACGAACCUAGUCCCCCCAGUGAAAUUUCAAUAAUCGUGCUCGUUGCAGAAACAAGGAAAUAGUAUAUUGGCAGAGGGAUAGGUGAUCUGAGUUGAUAUUUGAGUUAAGGAAGAAUUUCGUCGUUUAUGAUUUGGUAUGGCGAAGCGUAGCUAUUAUUCAUAACGAAUUAGUAUACUAAUAGAAAUUUGUUCCUUACUAUUUUGGGUCGCGUUGAAAUCGCAAAGCGUCGUUGGAAUAAUUUCUCAGUUGCGAAAAAUUUGCUAUUAGAUAAUUAAUUUCUAAAGCAAUUAAUUUCUAGCUGAGAGAAUUCCUCGCUUUCGAUUCGGUGCGACGAUAGUCUUUAAUUUAAAAUAAAUUUCAUAAAAAUUUCGCAAAAUUUAAUAUUUUUCAAAUUACAAUUAAUUUCCUAUUCAUUUUUCUGCCAAUCUACUCGUUUCCCAUGGCUCGUUCAAAGUGCUUACGCGUGUGACGAUUGUCAGUAAGCACAUCUCACUUAUGCAUACUAGGCACACGUUGAACGUAUACUAUCGCCGCGAUUACCAAUUAACAGAUAGACAAAUUGCUCGAGAGUUUACGUUUGACUUAAUUUCUAAUCACAAUCCUCACUGCUUUACUGUGAUUAACGUUAACUCACGUUCGUUGUCGGUGCAAACUUCGGCUCAAACCUAUCGCGUGUAUAUUUGUCGAUUGAUCUCGAAGAAGAUUGCCCAGAAAAUUAAUUCAGGCUCCUUCUCCUUCUUUUUAUUUUUAUUUUUAUUUUUUUUUUUUUAAUGUUUUCUGACGCGAAACGUGUAUAUAAGUACGAUGUAAGUGAUUAGCUUUUUCUCUCCUUUUCUGUGUCCUUUCUUUUUGUAUUAAUUGCCUUUUACUAUAACGCGUCCCGACGCCCAAUGAAGUUUAAGCGAUGUAGUUGUAGGCUUAUACGAGACAGGAUAUUUCAAGGUCUAGGCUUUAACUCAAGGUAAACGAGGGUGUGUUCCGAUUGUCUGGAAGAUGUACACAGAGAUUUAUCUGAAAGAAAACCUAACCGAUAUCCACCUUUUUUUCCUUGUUUCGAUCUUAUCUAUUUCAAAAUAUUGAUAGAUCUGCUGCGUUUCUAUGUAUUUGAUUGAUGGAUAUUAACACGUUAAAUACCGUGGGAAUUUAUCGUUUAUCCAUCGAUGACCCUCGCCAGAAAUUUAAUAUAGACUGAAAUAAAAUUCUAAGUUCAUUGAUAUUAUAUUUAUUUCAUAAGCUGGCAAGUGAAAAAUUCAAAUGAAAUAAUUAUAAUUAUAGCCUGUCGUAGGUCCAUUUUCUCUACGGUAUUUAAUGUCUUAAAUAUUCUUUAUAAAAUACCUACCGCUGCAUCAACCCCCCAAAAAAUCAGAACUAAUUCGAGUCAUCGUGAAAGUUUCAAACAUCGUAUCAUCAUAAAUAGAAUGAAUAAUAGAAAGUUCCUUUAGCGAUUUGCAACGAAGUGAGGUAGAUAAGGGAAAAGUACAGUUCGCAGAGCCAUGAAUUUGCGAUGUGCCUUUAUCGCGGAUACAAAUUAGUAAUCGCCUGCAAUUAUCAUAACGAAUUACUAAUCUGGAAUAAGUUUUCUCCAGGUAGAAACAACGUAGAGGUUCUUUAUUUCGUUUACUUUCCCACUUUCACCUUUCAAUGCUCUACUUAAUAGUAUAAUUCACUAAUUUAUUUAGAAAACGAAUAUCGCUGCAUUUCUUCAUUUCUUCAAACGAAUAUCGCAAAUUUAUUUAUUUAUACAUUUGCGUCCUUUUUAUUUUCUUCUCACCUCACUCUUCAUCUUAAAAAAGCAUGAUUUAUUAAUAUCCAUGACACCGUAUUAAAUGUUCUUAUUAAACCCCCACCACGUGAUGCGUAUGUAAUACGCCUGGUGCAUAACGCGUGUUACAUCAGGGUGCAUUUUAACCCCUUUUCACCCUGAUUACUUUAAGAUGCCUUUAUAUUUUAAAAUAGGACGCAUAGAAUAAUUAGAACUAUAAAAAUGAUUAUUUUCAAAUUUGAGACGUAAGUCGUGGAUGGCACCGAAAGUGCUGAGACUUAAUUUUUGACCAGGUAUUGCGAAGGAAAGGGUUAAUCUCGUGGAAGAAUACGGAGAUUUUAUCGGAUCGAUCGACGAGGCGUGCUGGCCCGAAGUUCGUUGAACGCAGCCACCUCGUUCCGUGACCUUCCCUCUUUCAGAUCUUGCCAUUCCGGUGAAUCGAUGCUCUCUCCCCCCCCCCCCCUCUCUCUACAAUCCUUAUCAUUCGUACAGUCAGACACGAAGGAACCUCUUCUCCUUGUCGUCUUAUCCCUCUUCAGACGCGUCCUCGAUGACCCUUCUUCGAGGACCAAUUCCCUUCCGACACACAAGGUGGAUAUUGUUACGGUUCCGAACACACCCGAUACGUAUUUGAGAAAAAGGAAAGAGAUAAUAAUUGUUUAAGAGAACUAGCGGUAAAUAAUAAUAGAUAAGGAACGAGGAUAAACGAUGUCGAAUGAACAAAAGGAGAGAAAAAAAGAAAACGGAAGUCGGGUUAGCUUGUAGGUCCUCGCCCCCCUCUUUUUUCGGUUCUUCUCUUUUCCUUGAUUUUCAACCCAGAGACGUGUAUAACAACGUGGCGAAGAAAGGUUGUGCCAAAUUUUAUAAUACUCGUCAAGGUAAAUAGAAAACGUGGGUCCAAAAAUCAUUCUAUUCUGAGUUAUAAAAAAAAUUGUAUUUUGUGUAAAGGGUGUUCGAUAAAGGUGUGUUUUUAAUUUAAAUUAAAUUUUUAAAUAAAUUCAACAUUUCUCAACGUUGAAACGAAACUCUCAGUUAAUAUCAAUAAUACUCAAACAUGGAUCUGGAAGUGUUUUAUUUUCAAUUUAUACAAAAAUUUUUCUAUUUAUUCUGACGAGUACUUCUUUUUAAAUUCCGCACAACCUUUUCCGAACACCCCGCGUCUCUCACCUUGUAUCUCUCUUCCGUAAGGAACGACCAAUUGAUCGUGCGCCAUAGCGUAUCAUGAAAUUUAUUUCCGGUUUAACGAAGCGUGCAUUUUUAUUCACUGCGAAGGGAAAAAAAAGCUGCUGUGUAUUCUAGCGGAUAGAUUCGAUUUUCCAAGAUACAGAAACGAACGAAGCCAACGAGCUUCGGCAAUUUAUUUAGGGGAUAACUUAUCUUGGUUAAAAUUAUUCUUUUUUUCAUGCUGGUAAACCGAUCGUUCCUUUUUUUUUUUUUUAAUAAUGCAGUUUAAUAAAAUCGUAAAAUUUUAACGACUUCCUGUUGUACGACGUCAAAUUUGGAUUUUUUUAUAUGCAUGAACGAAAUCAAUAUUCUUGUUUUAUUUCAAACACGGUAGAAUACACGGUACGCGAGUCCAAUACCGAUUUUCGUACAAACAAGAUUCCAAAUGAAAAAACACUCGUGCUACCGUUUGAAAUUUCAUAAUCAUCGAAACACCUGUACUACAUUUGUACAAUAAAAAAAAAAAAUACUGAGAUAAUAAUUGUACAAAAUAGACAAGCGUACCCUGCCCUGAUUUUUAUGAUGUUCGUUUUACGAUAUACGUUUCUGCACACACGCGCGCUUUCUGUACUCGCGAAAUUGUCUUCAGGAAGUGGCCUCUAACAUAUUCUACGUGUAAUUCGUUUUUACCCGCAUCGAAAAACCUUCUCGUUUAAUCGCAGGUGUUUCAUUCGUUCGCGUCGACAGACGCCGCUGCAACGAUGCGAAACGAGCGUAAUUAAUUAUGUCUUUCAUUUUGUAGGAGGUUUACAUUGUCGUAUUCUCGGGUUGUAUGAUACUCGAAGUCGCAGGAAACCCGUGCGUUUCUUUUCUCGCAGUCUAAUUUUAAUCGAACGACUCCUAACGAAUAUCUAUCAGCGUCUUGUAUUCAAUUGUGUACCUCGAUUUGUAUAUAAAAAGUAAAAAAAAA